AAUUUGCAUGUGUGGUUUGAAUGUGCAAGCAUUUGUGUGUGGUGUGUUCUGGAGUUUGGGAAUGUGUUAUGUGUUAUUUUUGUUUGAGCAGGUAUUUGUGAUGAUAGAUCUUGAGAAGAUCUUUCCGACGCAACAAGAAUCGCUUCAAUCGGAGCAAGAACGCGAAAGCUAUGAAGAUUCAAAGUUCAUGAGCUUGCGUUACAAUUGCGACGGUUACAAAGAGAUGUUCGAGCACAUCAAGGAUCUUGUGGAAGCGGAUGAUUCAGGUCCAAGGGCGUGGAAACUACUACGCGAUGUGAUUCAGCCCAACACUCUCCCGAUGGUGAUCGUGCUCAAGAAGGAACUUGCUGCCAUCUCCAUGCGACCAGGGGACGAUGUGAAGCCGCAAGAUCAAUGGACACCUGAGUGGCUAAGGCAGCAGAUUCUGCAGGAGGACUUCCGCAGACGCCAUAUGGGAGGCGAUUUGCUUGAUGAGGUAAAACCCCCUGGGAAGAUUAAGUAUAUGGCAGCAGCGUCAGGUGCUUUGCUCCCCGUGAUUGGUGUUGGGAAUGCCAAGGUUAAGGGAGCUAAUGGGGAGCUUGUGGGGCUUGGGAAUGUUCUGUUGGUUGAAGGUUUGUCUGCUAACCUUCUCUCUGUGCGGCGACUGCAAAAGAGUAAGGCCGAAGUGACCUUUGGACCAACCAGCUGCCGUGCUAAGCUUGGGAAGAAGGGGGAGUUGAAGAGGAAGGGGAUCCAACAUCAACUGACAGUGCCCUACAACCCGCAGCAGAAUGGCGUGGCUGAGAGGUUCAACAGGACUCUGCAGGAGGGGGCACGCACUCUCCUUGGGCGUGCAGGGCUGCCUGAUCCGUUUUGGGUGUCUGCACUAAGGCAGGUCGCCCUUGUGAAGAACAGGGUGCUGGCUACAGUUGGGGAUAAGGAGUGGAUCCCAUAUGUCAAGUGGUAUGGGAGUGCUCCAGUUGUGAACAUGCUGAGGGCAUUUGGCGCAGAGCAGAUGCUGGAGAUGCAGUUCAAGUGCUCCAAGAUGGGUGAGGUGAAGUACUAUUUGGGGAUGCAUGUGGAGAGAGAUGUGGAGAAGGGUGUACUGAGGUUGCACCAGAGGAAGUACUGUGAGGGGCUGGCUGAGAAGUAUGGGCUGCAAGAUGGGGGAAAGCCAGCAACACCACUACCUUCAGGGUUUACUGUGGAGCCAUGUGCUGAUGAGGAGGUAGUGGUGAAGCUGGCCAAGAAUGCUUGUCUGCAUGGGCUGACAAAACACAUAAGGCCUAAGUGGCACUGGGUGAGGAGACUUCUUGAUAAGGAGGUGCGGCUGGAGAUAGUGAAGACCCAUCAGCAGACAGCAUAUAUUUUCACUAAGCGUCUGGCGGAGGCGGAUCAUUGGAAGGGCAUGAAGCUUGCUGGGAUGAGUGUGCAUUGAGUAUGCAUGCUUGAGAUGUUGGUAUGGUGGAUGCUGGUUGGCAGCCAGAGGGGGAGAUUGUUGUGUGAUGUCAUCAUAUGCUAUCACAUUCUGUCUGCCUCCCAUCCCAUGUUUUCAAUUUGCAUGUGUGGUUUGAAUGUGCAAGCAUUUGUGUGUGGUGUGUUCUGGAGUUUGGGAAUGUGUUAUGUGUUAUUUUUGUUUGAGCAGGUAUUUGUGAUGAUAGAUCUUGAGAAGAUCUUUCCGACGCAACAAGAAUCGCUUCAAUCGGAGCAAGAACGCGAAAGCUAUGAAGAUUCAAAGUUCAUGAGCUUGCGUUACAAUUGCGACGGUUAC